AUGUCAGGAGAUCAGCAUGUUGAUCACUCUACUCAAGAGAAAGGUGGUGAAGAUUGCAAUGAUGUAUUUGAUGCAAAGCCAGACAGAAGUAGCAGAUUCUCACUUUUUGGAAAAAAAAAGAAGAAUGGAGAAGAACAGCCAAAGUCCUCUCUCAGUAAUCAGUACCGAAUUGUUACACCCACAUUCCAGUAUAAUAUGGACUACAAGAAAGUUGGCAAAUGUAUUAUUAUAAACAACAAAAAUUUUGAAGACAAAACAGCAAUGGGUACACGCAAUGGCACUGAUAAAGAUGCUGGAGAUCUAGCUAAGAGUUUUAGAAACUUAGGUUUUGAGGUUUACGUAUACAAUGACCGAAGCUGUGAUGAUAUGGAAAAAUUACUGAAGCAAGCUGCUGAGGAGAAUCACAGUGAUGCUGCUUGUUUUGCCUGUAUCCUUCUAAGCCAUGGGGAAGAAGGCCUCAUCUAUGGCACCGAUGGACCCAUGGCUAUCAAGAGUUUGACUGCGCUAUUCAGAGGAGACAAGUGUAAAAGCCUUAUAGGCAAACCCAAAUUAUUUUUCAUUCAGGCAUGCAGAGGCUCUGAAUUUGAUGAAGGUAUACAGACUGACUCUGGACCUGCAAAUGACACUCUGGAAACAGAUGCCAAUCCGAGAUACAAAAUCCCAGUAGAAGCAGAUUUUCUGUUUGCAUACUCCACCGUGCCGGGUUAUUACUCCUGGAGGAAUCCUGGAAGAGGCUCCUGGUUUGUGCAGUCUCUGUGCUCUGUGCUAAAUGAGCAUGGAAAACAACUUGAGAUCAUGCAGAUCCUCACGCGGGUCAACUAUGUGGUUGCCACAAAUUUUGAAUCACAAUCUGAUGAUCCACGCUUCAGUGAGAAGAAGCAGAUUCCCUGUGUGGUCUCUAUGCUCACUAAGGAGCUUUACUUCUGAAAGUAUAUUCUAAUGCAGCCAGUGAUGAAAGAUCAGGAUAUGGUUUUGGGUGGAGAUUUGAUUAUAAACUGGAGCAACACAUUUUUAAUAACAGAAUUGUAAUUACACUAGAUUUUUAUA